AAGGCGCCACCACCGAAGAAGCAGCGCAAAGUAGCACUCGCCUCCAUGGCCCACUCACCGGUGGCUGUCCAAGUGCCCGGGAUGCAGAAUAAUAUAGCUGAUCCAGAAGAACUGUUCACAAAAUUAGAGCGCAUUGGAAAAGGCUCCUUUGGAGAAGUUUUCAAAGGAAUCGACAACCGUACCCAGCAAGUGGUUGCAAUUAAAAUCAUUGACCUUGAGGAAGCCGAAGAUGAAAUAGAAGACAUUCAACAAGAAAUAACUGUUCUGAGUCAGUGCGACAGCUCAUAUGUAACGAAAUACUAUGGGUCCUAUUUAAAGGGCUCAAAACUAUGGAUAAUAAUGGAAUACCUAGGUGGAGGUUCAGCUUUGGAUCUGCUACGCGCUGGUCCAUUUGACGAAUUCCAGAUUGCCACCAUGCUGAAGGAGAUUUUGAAAGGUCUGGACUAUCUGCACUCUGAAAAGAAAAUUCACCGAGACAUUAAAGCUGCCAACGUCUUACUUUCAGAACAAGGCGAUGUUAAACUUGCCGACUUCGGAGUUGCUGGCCAGCUGACAGAUACACAAAUUAAGAGAAACACCUUUGUGGGAACUCCAUUUUGGAUGGCUCCUGAAGUUAUUCAACAGUCAGCUUAUGACUCUAAAGCUGACAUUUGGUCAUUGGGAAUUACUGCUAUUGAACUUGCCAAGGGAGAGCCUCCGAAUUCUGACAUGCAUCCAAUGAGGGUUCUGUUUCUUAUUCCAAAAAACAACCCCCCAACUCUUGUUGGAGACUUUACUAAGUCUUUCAAGGAGUUUAUUGAUGCUUGCCUGAAUAAGGAUCCAUCGUUUCGCCCUACGGCUAAAGAACUUUUGAAACACAAGUUCAUUGUGAAAAAUUCCAAGAAGACUUCGUAUCUGACUGAACUGAUCGAUCGAUUUAAGAGAUGGAAGGCGGAAGGCCACAGUGAUGAUGAGUCCGACUCGGAGGGCUCUGACUCGGAAUCCACCAGCAGGGAGAGUAAUACUCACCCUGAAUGGAGUUUCACCACUGUGCGUAAGAAGCCUGAUCCAAAGAAACUACAGAAUGGGGAGGUGUCAAGAUCUGUGCAAACCCUGAGCUGUUUGUCUAUGAUAAUCACACCCGCGUUUGCUGACCUGAAACAACAGGAUGAGAACAAUGCGAGCCGAAACCAGGCAAUUGAAGAACUCGAGAAAAGCAUCGCUGUGGCUGAAGCUGCCUGCCCUGGCAUCACGGAUAAAAUGGUGAAGAAAUUAAUUGAAAAAAUUUCAAAAAUGUUCUGCCAAUGAGUCCUCUUAAAAAUGUGUUGUUGCUAUUGCUGCUUCGGUUUCAUAUGGACCCAGAAAAACCCACCAAAGCUAUGUCAACCUUAAUAAUGCUUAACCCAUGAGCUCCAGGUGCCUUUGGAUCUUUGCGACAUUGAAGAUUUAGGAGAAGCUUUCAAGUAUUUUGUGAUGGUGGCUAUCAUUUUGUAUUUUAAAGAGAUUAUUUUGUUAGGAAUAAUUUUAAUACUAUAAGUUUUACCUGUAUUGUAGUAAAUGUUGAGAUACAGUUUUUUUUUUAAUUUUAGGUACCAUUAUUUUUUAUGUUACUAGAAUGAAUAUUGUUUGGGUUUCAAUCUUUAGUUAACUGUACACUCAUGAAACAUACAGGUCUUUCAAAGUCAUCCUAAAUAUUGAGCAUCUGUAAAUCAUCAAGCUUCAAAAAGCAUUCUUUUUUUUUACACAAACACUCUAAAAAUGACUAUGGGUAGGGAGGUAGAAAUAAGUCAUACCUUCUUAAAACAAAUGUUUUUAAUAAGCUCUUGGAAAAAGCACCUAGAAAAGUAUUGAUUUUUCUAGCAAGGUGUUCUGGAUUCCAAGCAGCUCCAUGUUUAUCAUACUUGAGAACCUUGUGUUUGAAGCACCAUUUCCAGGCAACAUGUAGCAGAAGAAGUACCUCUUGGUAUUUUUAUCUUCUCUUUAAGAUGGAAGAAGUGGUUAACCCUUAUUUAACAUGAUUAGACGUUUAAAGUAAUCUCAUUUAGCCAAGGAUGAGGGUUUGGUUAAACUGGAGGAAUUAGUCUGGCUUCAACCUUCAAAUCUUCAGCUCAAAUAUUAUUGUACAUGGUCGGAUUUAGAAAAGUUUUAGAAACCUUGUUGUCUUGUGAGUAAAUACCUGAUCCAUAGUUAUGAACAUAAUGACACCAGCAUCUUUUGUCAUGGUAACUCAAUUUUCGUAGAAACUAUUUAUAUAUUUUUUCUUUAUAAUUAUCCACACAUAAGCAUAGUGUGUUCAGUUUUGAAAAUGUAUUUAAGUGAACAUUGUCUAGCUCAUAUGAAAAUACCAUAGGGCACGAAGAUUUCUCUUCAGGUAAGAUAGACUGUACAGUUAAUUUUCAGUUCUAUUUAUGGUACUGUUAAGUGGGUAAUAUCCUUU